CUAGAGAUCGUUCACAGCUCCAAAAACUUGCCGCGCGGCCGCGCAAAGCGCUAUAUACGCGCCUGUUGUCGAGCACGCAGCGCUAUAAGUGACGACAAACCGCUGGGUUCUUGCGCGCGCAUCACUGCGGCACAGCAGGCAAGGCAAGGCAACAUCAGCUCUGCUACGCUGUUGGCACAGCGUCGACAAUGGCCCGCACCAAGACGCCACCGCCCCCGCCGGCCCAUCAGAUGCGCCAAACAACUCUGUUUGACGCAUUACCGAGGGCGCGGCCGCAACAACCGCAAGCAAGACGCGCGCACGAACCGGACGCGCUCGACCAGAAGUUAGAUCUAGCUCUAAGUGCGGUCUUCGGCCACCAGGGCUUCCGGCCGGGCCAGCGCGCGACUUGUAGGGCGGCGGCACAGGGCCGGGACUGCGUCGUCAUCCUGCCGACCGGCGGCGGCAAGAGUUUGUGUUAUCAACUCCCGGCCGUCAUCACGAGAGGUGUUACUAUAGUAGUAUCACCAUUACUCUCAUUAAUCGAGGACCAGGUCUCCACGCUCAUCUCGCUGGAGCGCUGCGGCGGCGUGCCCGCGGCCCAUUUGACCUCCUCGACGAAAGAAACGACCUCCCGAGCCAUCUUGCGAGAAUUACAUUCGGCGGCGGAGGGGCGCGUCGACUACCCGACCCUCAAAUUGUUGUACGUCACGCCGGAACGACUGGCCCUGUCCGAGAACUUUCGAGAUGUGUUGGAGAAGCUCCAUAGAGCGAACUUAUUGGCCAGAAUAGUAGUAGACGAGGCGCACUGCGUCUCGGAAUGGGGCCACGACUUUCGGCCGGACUACCGCAAGCUCGGGCAAUUACGCUCCUUCUUACCUGGAGUACCAUUUAUGGCGCUCACGGCGACCGCGACGCAAGCCUGCGAGAGCGAUCUACGCAAGUCCCUCAAGAUCAAGCCGACGGCCCACGCGCAUCGCACGUCCGCGGAUCGACCGAACUUGCGCUUCGGCGUGCGCGACUUCUCGGACUGCUCUCCCGUAAACGCGGCGGCGUCCUUUUUUUUGAGUCAUACGAGUCGCGUCGAUGGCGUAUGGGCUCCACCAGACGCUACGCCCCCCAAGCCAUCGCCGCGCCAGGAGCGCCACACGCGGCGAGUCGCGUUGAUGGCGUCUGGGCCACGAACACACCCUCACACCGGCACGCCAUCGCCGUUACCUCCGCACGCCGCCGACGCAUACAACGCGCAGGAGGACGUCCGCGACGCCGUCGUCGACUUUGUGCGGCGCCGCGCGGGCCAGUGCGGCAUUGUCUACUGCAUGACGCAGGCCGACGCCGAGGCCUGCGCCGACCAUCUGACGGACAAAUUGAAGGACGUGGGCACGACGGCGCACCACUACCACGCGGGCAUGACGCAAUUACAAAGGCGCGUAGUGCAGGCGGCCUGGCAGCAGGGGAAGUUGGACGUCGUUUGUGCGACGAUCGCCUACGGCAUGGGCAUCGACAAGGCCGAUGUUAGAUAUGUUGUGCAUGCGUCCCUCGCCAAGUCGCUCGAGGGCUACUACCAGGAGGCCGGUCGGGCGGGUCGGGACGGCCGCGCGUCGGAGUGUUUGAUGCUCUAUAGAGAUCAGGACGUGGGCAAGGUCCAGAAGUUGUUGCGGGGGUUCGGCCGGAAGAAGCGACGGGGCCCGAAGUUGCAGCGGGACUUGGAUCGGUUGGACGAUAUGGCGCGGUAUUGCGGCAUGAAGGACGGGUGUCGACGGCGGCAGCUCGUGGGCCACUUCGGGAAGGACCCCGGUCCGUCUUCAGGUGGGGGGCCGUGCUGCGAUCUAUGUGAUGCGCGGAACCCGGCGUUACGACCGCCGGCGCCGCCCCCGAAGCCGCCGGCCGUGCGGAAGCGGGGGCCGCCCGUGCCCCAGCCUCGCGUGCGCAAGGCGCCGGAGGUCGUGGAUCUGCUGGGGGAUUCGGACGACGAGGUGCUGGCUUCGAAGCGGGCUCGGGCGUGACGUAUGUGUGCUAGUAAUGAGUGAAUUAUCGA